AUGAGCACCGCUGCUGUUGUGUCUGAGCCGGGGACUACUCUCCUUCGCUUCGCAUCAGGGAACGGGACGGUUACGCGCCGCAUCCUAACAACUCCUCUCCGUGAUGCCCUGCCCGCUGAGAUCCCCAUCAUCGACAUCUCACUCGCCUUCAGCCCCGAGCUUGCGGAUCGAAAGAUAGUUGCACAUCAGAUCCGAGAAGCUGCAACAACCUCUGGCUUUUUCUACCUGGACAACCAUGGGAUUGACCCGUCCAUCACCGCCUCCGCACAUACAGCAUGUCUGGACUAUUUCCGUCAGGGCGAGGAGGCCAAAAUGCAAUCCUGGGUGGGCAAGAGUCGUUACUUCAAUGGGUACAAGCCGCCUGGAUCCCAGCGCAUCAACAAGUCAGAGAGUGUCGACAACCGCGAGUCGUUCAGCUGGACCUAUGACCCCCGCUACGACACCGACAUCACGGAUGUGGGAGCUAUCCCAGAACGGGUGAGGAGGUUCCUCAGGAUGGAGGACUUCCACUGGGACGGGACCUCCAACAUGCCUCAUUUCAAAAAGGCCAUCAUUCGGUACUGGCAAUCCUGUCUGAAGCUCGCGCGUGUGUUGGUCCGCGCUUUUGCGUUGUCUCUCGAGCUGCCAGAGGACUUUUUCGAUGCCAAGUUUGCGUAUCCUGACGCCGCUUUGGCGCUGAACUAUUACCCCCCAUUGCCCAAGCCUGCGGGCAAUGCCGAGUCAGACACGAACACCCAGGUCUCGAUAGGGUCGCACACGGACUUCCAGCUCUUCACCAUUCUGUGGCAGGACGCCGUCGGGGGGCUGCAGGUAUUGAACCGCCAGGGACAAUGGAUCCGGGCGGCACCGAUCCCAGGGACAUUCGUUGUCAACAUCGCCGACUACCUACAGCGCAUCACGAACGAUCUCUACGUCAGUACCGUCCAUCGCGCACAAAAUCUGAGCGGCGAAGAGCGCAUCAGCAUGCCUUUCUUCUUCGGCUUCGGCCUCCAUGAGAGUUGCGGCGUCCUCGAGACUUGUGUCGAGGAUGGCGAGAGGCCCAAGUACGAUGAAAUCGGUUGCGAGGAAUGGGUGCAGAGGAGAGCGAGGGCGAUGCACAAAGUCGAAUCGGAUGACGAGAGCGAGAGAUAG